AUGCCCAGAGCCCCCACGGCACAAACCCUUCUCCGGCCCCGGGAGAGGCUCCAACGGCCCCGCGCGAGCCAGACAGAGCCGGAGCGGCCCGCGCGCGUUUGCAACUCGGCUUGUUCUCUCCCAUCUAACGUCACUUCCGGUCCAGGGAGAGUCAGGAACUACAUCUCCCAGCUUGCCCCGGGAGCGCUUCCGCUUUUUCUAGACCAGGGAAGGAAGGAAGGUCCCCGGGGCCAGCCUGACCCUCCCCGCACCGCUCAUGCUGUGCCCCGCCCCCCCCCCUCUCCCAGCCGGGGCCUCUCAGAGCCGCCCCCGCCUCUUCCCGGGGAGCGGCAGAGCUGGGAGGGUUUGGGACCCCCACGUAAUGACCCCCCCCGACGGCAGGAGCGUGUCCCCACCCCGCUAGCAGCGCUCCUUGUCCCGGGAUCUGCUCCAGCUCUGGAGCCCGCGGGGCAGCGACACGAGUGGGAAGGACACGCUCCUGCCGGGAGGGGCCGGGGCCGGCUCCCUGGUUCGCCCCCUGCAGGGGCGGGGGGUCCCCGAGCUCCCCGCGGCCGGAGGGGGCGACGGGGGGAAGUGACGUUGCGAGGGCGGUGGAUCCGGACUGCCAGCGCGCGCGGGGAUGUUGGAGCCUCUCUCAGGGCCGGAGAAGGAUGUGUGACUGAGAUCAGGGCACUUAUCAUACUAAGUGUGUCCCUGCUCUGACAGCUGCUGCAGAGACCCCAACUGAGAUCUGGGCCCUGCUUUGCCAGGCACU